AUGCAGCCGACGAUUCCGCAGGGCGCGACGGGAGGAGGCAGUGAUAUGGACCUCCCUGCGGCGGUGCAGCCGAUGGAUUGGUUGUUCAAAAAGGAGCGCAUCUAUCUGCUGGCCCAGUUCUGGCAACAGCGUGCCACGUUGGCGGAAAAAGAAGUAAACUCGCUCAAGGAGAAACUGUCGACCACGGACCGGAGCAGCAUGGACGGUGGGGCGAUCGCCGCCGCUCCGCCGACCACGACGACCACGGCGACGACGACGCCGACGUCGCCGCCGACACCGAUAAUCGAGCAGAACGGGAUUGCGCCACCGUCGCCCUCGACGACGCCGGUCUCGGAGAGUGGCAGCAUCGGCGGCGGCGGUACGCGGGGGGUCCCGGAAGUCCCGGCCAGCCCGCCGGCGUCGGACCAGAAGCAGCGGAUGAUGGGCGAUUCGCGAUCACCCGUCAGUCCGCUGGAGCUCGAUCGGAGCAAGGGGCAGCUGCUGGAGCACCUCUCGCACAACAACAACUACUGCAUCGGGAGCAGCAACAACAACCACAGUCACGGCCACCUCCAACGGCGGACACCGACGCCGCCCGGGACGGAGAAGAUGGACUGUGAGAGUGCCGAGAGUGUAGAUACGAACGAUGGGUCGAAAGUGAAGGACAAUCGGGAGGCCGAGAACGGCGAGGCCGAGGCCACCAAAAUGUGUCACAGCAACGGCGAGCCGGAGCGCAAGGACACGCCGAAGGAGCCCGCGGUGCUGGACGGCAGGACGAGAUCGCUCACCGAGGAGCUAUCGGCCAAGGAUCGAGAGAUAUCGCUCCUGUUCGAGGAGGUCGGCCGGCUGCGGACGGCCAUCGCCAACAUCCAGGAGUCGCACAACCUGCAGAUCCAGCGGCUCGAGGACCGGCUGGAGGAGAAGCGCCAGCACAUCGUGCGGCUCGAGUCGCGCAUCGAGAAGCAGCAGGACUUUGACGACAUCAAGAAGGAAAAUAGCAUGCUACGCUCGGUGGACCUGAGCGCGUCCCACGAGUCAAAACAAUUCCAGGAGCUGCUGCUCGAACGCACCAAAGCGCUGGCGGCCCAAACCGAAGCAAUCAAAUCGUCGUCGGCCAACUCGGAAGGAUCUCCACGUGGCCGGGUUCAUGAUGAUACCACCACCGGCAGCAGUGGUGGUGUCGCCCUGCAACCCACCCGCGCCCUGUCGCCAACCGCCAACACCGGGGGGCGCACUAGCGCCCACAGUAGUAGUAGUAGCAGUAGUAGUAGUGCUGGUAGUAGCAUUGGAAGUGCCACUGGUUGUGUUGGUAACGCUAGUAACGCCAGCAGUGGGCCCAUCGAAGGCGAGUCGCGUAACGCUUGUAACGACCUCACCGCCGCGGCCACCGGCAACUACCACCACUCGUCCUCGUCCUCCUCCGCAUCCACCUCCGCUUCCGCCACUAACACCACCGCAGGCGGGAGCAAUGCGUCGAACGAGAUUAACAAUAAUUCGCUCGCGUCGACACCCGGGCCACAUCACGUCCCGCGGGUCCCUUCGCACCAGGGCUCACCCCAACCACCGCCGCAACCCCCGUUGCGUCCACCGUCUGCCCCGAACGGUGGUCCAGCCGCCGGUGAGGUGGCCGGGCUGGGGUCCUUCCUGCCGCCACCGCUUCAGAACGUGGAGCAGUUCGGGUCGUUCCUGGGCGAGGAACUGGUCAGCAGCUGGCGCCGGGCCGGAGCACUGGACCUACCGCUGCCGCCACCUCCGCCCGGGCUGGCCGCCGCCGCCGCCGCCGCAGCCGCCGCAGCAGCCGCUGCGGCUCGCAACCCGGCCUUACUAAUGAACCACCACCACCAUGUUGUUGUUAACUCGCCCCCGACAGAUCUGCACCACAGCCUCCAGCACCACCAGCCGGGCCCGGGCAGCCACGACGGGCAGGACGGGAAGGCGAGCAGCCUGCACGAGAACUCGUCCUCGGCCAGCACGCCGAUCCUGCGGGAGGACGCGUCGUCCCGGCACGACGAGCACCUGAACGGGGGCGGCCUCACGCCCAUGUCCAUCUCGAAGAGCCCGCUGGAGGACAACAACAACACGCUGGGCGCCCUCGGGCGCAUGGACGGUGGCGCUAGCGCCGCCGCCAACCUCAUACAGGGACUGCCGUUUCAAUUCCCGGAGCGCGGCCACUUCCGGUUCGCCGACUCCGCCGACCUGCAGAUGCCACCGGGCGCGAUGGUCGGCCGGCUCGGCGACUCGCUCAUCCCGAAGGGCGACCCGAUGGAGGCGAAACUGCAGGAGAUGCUGCGCUACAACAUGGACAAGUACGCGAACCAGAACCUCGACACGCUCCACAUCUCGCGCCGCGUCCGGGAGCUCCUGUCCGUGCACAACAUCGGCCAGCGGCUGUUCGCCAAGUAUGUGCUGGGCCUCUCGCAGGGCACCGUGUCGGAGCUGCUGUCGAAACCGAAGCCCUGGGACAAGCUGACGGAGAAGGGCCGCGACAGCUACCGGAAGAUGCACGCGUGGGCCUGCGACGAGAACGCGAUCCUGCUGCUCAAGUCGCUCAUCCCCAAGAAAGGUGCAGAGCCCGGAAUGCCAUCGUACGGUCGGCCUGACGGUGACCUGAGCGACGACCGGAUCCACCACAUCCUCUCGGAGGCCUCGCUGAUGAAGCGCGAUCAGCCGCCGACGAGCCAGCAGGCCCACCACCACCAGCAGCAGAUGCGCGAACAGAUGCAGCUCCAGCAGCAGCAGCUCCAGCAGCUGCACCUGAGCGGCCUGGACGACUCCUCGACGCAGCACAGCGACACCGACUCCAAGUCGCCGCCGGGCCGGGACGUCCACUCGCCCUUCUCCAAAGACUUCCACGGCGGACGGGGCGGUAGCGGGGGCCCGGCCUCCGGCCGACCCAAGAAGUUCGAGCACGACGACAUCCCGCAGGACAAGAUCUCCAAGAUCUACCAGGAGGAGUUCUCCAAGCUGAUGCGCAGCCCGCGGGACUUCCCCAAUCUUCUCUUUCCCCACAUUCUCAGCGGCGGCGGCGGUGGUGGUGGUGGUGUCGGUGGAAUGCCUCCGAUGGACCGGAUGGACGACAACAUCCGGAUGGCGCUGGAGGCGUACCAUCGGGAGUUGGCGAAGCUGCAGCAGAACGCGCAGAUGCCCAACUUCCUGGCCCUCCACCAGCACCAAUACCAGCAGCAGCACCAACAGCAAGCGUCUCCUGCGGCGCCGCAGACUCCUGCGCAGCCCUCGCAACCUCUGAACGGUGGCUCGGUCCAGGACCUGUCACUCCCCAAGGAGAAGCAGUCUUCGGCGGCGUCGUUGGACGGACGGACGGGUCCUCGGUUGCUGAAUGGCGGAGCCCUCUCGGACGCGGACUCCGACGCGGACCUGAGCCAGAAGGAGCUGGACGAAGCGACGGGCCUCAAGCACAGCGCGUUCAGCUUGGUGAAGCCGAAACCCUCGGAAGCGUCCGGGCUCUGCACACCGACGACGACCACCUCGUCGACGGCGGCCAGUCCGAUCGGGAACAGUAUCCUGCCACCGACGCUGGCGGCCGGUGGCCCUGCGGAUGACUUUUCCGUGUCGGCGAGUCCACUGCAGCGGAUGGCGUCGAUCACGAACUCACUGAUCACGCAGCCGCCGGUCACGCCACACCACACCACCCAGCAGCGCCCGCUGAAAGCCAUCCUGCCGCCCAUCACCCAGCAACAGUUUGACCUCUACAACAACCUCAACACCGAGGACAUCGUGCGGCGCGUCAAGGAGUCCCUAUCGCAGUACUCCAUCAGCCAGCGGCUGUUCGGGGAGUCCGUGCUGGGUCUGUCCCAAGGAUCGGUCAGUGAUCUGCUGGCGCGACCGAAGCCCUGGCACAUGCUGACGCAGAAGGGCCGUGAACCGUUCAUCCGGAUGAAGAUGUUCCUGGAGGACGAAAACGCCGUGCACAAGCUCGUGGCCAGUCAGUACAAGAUCGCGCCGGAGAAGCUGAUGCGGACCGGGAACUACAGCGGAACGCCGCAGUUGCCGGCCAUGCUCCAGAAGCAGAUGCCGCCGAUGCCGAAGAUGCUGAGUGACUCGAUCAGCAAGCUGCAGCAGGACCAGAAGACGCUCCUGCAGCUCCAGAUCUCGCAGAUGCAGCAGCAGUUGCCCCAACAGGCGGCGGCUCAGGCGGCUCAACACCAGCACCAGCUGGCGGCGGCUGCUGCCGCGGCGGCCGCCGCUCAUCACGCCGCCCAGGCGGCACAGGCCCAUCACGAGCGGCAGUCGGUGCCGGCGAUGCCCCCCUCGCAACCUUCGCCCCGACCGCAGCAGCCGUCCCCACAGACGAUGCUCCUGACGCCACCGGGAAUCCCGCCUCAGCACGCCAUCGCCCUCCAGGCGGCUGGGGGCGGUGGCGGUGGGAUGCACGGUGGGCCACCUACCGACAAGAAGCAACUCUCCUCUUCCUCCUCCUCCUCAACCCCCUCCUCUUCGGUCGCGCCGAUCCUGAUGCCGAUCCACUCGCCAGUUCCGGUGCAACUCCGGGAACCACAGCACGGCGGAACUCCGGGACCCCCGGGAGGUGGUGGACCCCCCGGCGGCGGCCACCCGGCCAAUGCGAUGCGGGGCUCACUCCACCAGCACAUCUCUCCGACCGUCUACGAGAUGGCGGCCCUCACGCAGGACCUCGACACGCAGGUCAUCACGACCAAGAUCAAGGAAGCGCUGCUGGCCAACAACAUCGGCCAGAAGAUCUUCGGCGAGGCGGUCCUGGGGCUUUCGCAGGGUUCCGUGUCCGAGCUCCUCUCGAAGCCGAAACCCUGGCACAUGCUCAGCAUCAAGGGCCGCGAACCGUUCAUCCGGAUGCAGCUGUGGCUGAGUGACGCCAACAACGUGGAGCGACUCCAGGCACUCAAGAACGAGCGGCGUGAGGCGAGUAAGCGACGCCGCUCGACAGGACCGGGCGGGGCACAGGACAACAGCUCGGACACGAGCAGCAACGAUACGUCCGAGUUCUACCACUCGAACUCUCCCGGUCCCGGGUCGGUCGGAUCGGCCUCCGCCUCUGCGUCGGCCGCUCCACCCAACAAGAAACAGCGGGUCCUGUUCUCCGAGGAGCAGAAGGAAGCCCUCCGGUUGGCGUUCGCCCUCGAUCCGUACCCGAACGUGCAGACGAUCGAGUUCCUGGCGAGUGAGCUCGGACUGUCGACGCGAACCAUCACCAACUGGUUCCACAAUCACCGGAUGCGGUUGAAGCAGCAGGUCCCGCAUGGGCAACCCUCCGAGCCGAUUCCUUCGCGUGAGAACCAAUCCGGAGCGCCCUUCGAUCCGGUCCAGUUCCGGGUGCUGCUCAGCCAGCGGUUGAUGGAGCUGCAGAAGGAGCGCCUCGGGCUGUCCGGGAUGCCCCUUCCGUAUCCGCCUUACUUUGCGGCGGCGGCCGCCGCAGCCGCUUCCAACCCGAGCAACCUGGCCGCCCUGAUUGCGGGCCGAGCGGGUGGGUUCCUGCCGGGCGAGGCGGAUCUGGCCGCCCUCAACAAAGCGGUCAGUGAGCAGAUGUCCGGCCUGGACCUGUCGAUGCCGUCGUCGCUGAAACGGGAAGGGGAUGACGAUUACGAGGACGAUGAGGAAGCGGGCAGUGGGCAUAUGAGUGACUCGGAGUCGCUCGAUGGGUCGAUGGGGAAGCGGGCAGGACACCACCAUCAGGAUCACGAGCACCACGGCGGGAUCAACGUCCCAGGGACGCCCCUCUCACUGGCCAGCCUGCAGGCGAUGGCGAGGAUCAACCGCCGGAAGCCGGCCGCCCCGCAGUGGGUCAACCCGGACUGGCAGGAUGGGAGCGAGAAGACCGGGGUCGUCGGCCUGGGAAAGCCCGGGGACGCGGCCAGCGAGGCGAUCAUCAACGGGGUCUGUGUGUUGCAGCCGCCCGACGGCGUGCCGUCGGUGCAGCAACGGUUCGCCGCCGCGAUGGCGGCGGCUGCGGCGGACGAGGACGAUGAGGAGGACCGGAGGGGAGGAGAGGAUGCAACGGGCGAACGGGCGGACAGUCCGGCCGCCCUGCCACCGCCUUCGUCCCCAUCGAGUGUGACCGUCAAGAAGGAGAUCCUCGAUCAGGACUCGGGCACCGCGGGCACCGCUGAAGCCGCCGCCGCCGCCGGCGAUGGCCGGUGGGAGUACUGA